UGGCCAGGACCUGCUUCGACCCGGACUCGCCCCAGCGGGCUUACAUGAGUGUGAAGGAGCUGAAGGAGGCUCUGAAGCUGAACAGCACCCAUUUCCUCAAUAUUUACUUUGCCAGUUCGGUGAGGGAAGAGUUGGCUGGUGCUGCCACUUGGCCGUGGGACAAAGAGGCCCUCAGUCACCUGGGUGGAGUUGUCCUCAACCCUGCUUACUACGGCAUGCCUGGCCACACCAACACCAUGAUCCACGAGGUGGGGCACGUCCUGGGGCUCUACCACGUCUUCAAGGGAGUGAGCGAGAGGGAGUCUUGUGAUGAUCCCUGCAGGGAGACCACUCCAUCCAUGGAGACAGGAGACCUCUGUGCUGACACUGCCCCCACCCCAAAGAAUAAACUCUGUCGGGAUCCAGACCCCACCAAUGACACCUGUGGCCAGACACAUUUCACAGGAACACCCUUCAACAACUACAUGAGUUACACAGAUGAUGAGUGCACCAACAGCUUCACCCCCAACCAGGUGGCCCGCAUGCACUGCUACCUGGACCUGGUGUACCAGCGCUGGGGACACAGCAGGAAGCCAGCGCCCAUCCCGAUCCCCGCCAUGGUCACCGGGCAGACUCAGCACUCCCUCAGCAUCUACUGGCUGCCUCCCAUCAGCGGCAUCCUGCACGAGAGGGAGCAGGACAGGCUGUGUGACAGCUGUGCUGAGGAUGGCACCUUCCGGCAGUACGUGCACGAGGCCUCUUCCCCCAGAGUCUGCGACUCUUCUGGCUACUGGACCCCAGAAGAAGCAGAAGGUCCUCCGGACGUGGAUCAGCCCUGUGAGCCCAGCCUGCAGGCUUGGAGCCCGGAGCUGCACCUGUAUGACAUGAACAUGACGGUGCCCUGUCCCCAGCCGCACGGCUGCAUCCUGGAGCUGCGCUUCCUGCACCCCGUCUACCCCGACUCCCUCACCCUCUGGACCACAUACCUCUCCACAGGCUCUCCCAAGGCCCUGUCUGAUGUUGAAAUCCUGACAGAGCAAGGGGAGUCCAUCCACCUGGGCCCCCUGGACACCUUCUGCGAUAUCCCCUUUACCGUGAAGCUCAAUAUCCCUAAAAAGAUGAUUGGAGUUAAAAUCUACACCUUUGACGAGAGGAUGGAGAUAGACACAGCCCUGCUGACCUCCAGGCCCCAGAGCUCCCUGUGCUCUGCCUGCAGACUGAUCCAGUACCGGGUGCUCCGUGACCCCCCCUUUGCAGACGGGUCCCCUGCCACCCCCCUGCAGGGACAUCGCCACUUCAUGGACACGGAAGUCACUCCUGGGCAGGUGUACCACUACCAGGUGCAGGUGGUCUCUGGGACAACCUCAGGAGAAGCGUCCCCACCGCUCGUCCAUGUGCAUGGAGCACCCUACUGCGGAGAUGGGAAGGUGGCCACGAGCCUGGAGGAGGAAUGUGAUGAUGGGGACUUGCUGGAUGGAGAUGGCUGUUCCAGGAAAUGUAAAAAGGAAAAAGGCUUCAACUGUGUUGGGGAGCCAAGCCUGUGCUACGUUCACGAUGGGGAUGGUGUGUGUGAGCCCUUUGAGAGGACAAGCAGCAUGCUGGACUGUGGUCCCCACACUCCUGAGGGGUUUGUGGAUCUGUGGGCAGUGAGAGCCUACUCCUCCCAUCAGGAUGCAAAGUCCUGCCCUGCUUCCCUGGUCACUGGAGAGCCUGUGGUGAGGGUAUGUAAAUCCCACCUUCAUGAGGUGCCAAGGGACCUGUUGGAGGCUGCUUGGUUUCCCUGUGCCCCCAGCCAAGAGAAUGCUCAGGACCCAAAUGAGAAGAUGCUUUUGGGUGACGAGGGAGUUUGGCUCCAGGUGUGCUUUGAGAGACCUGCAGUGCCCACCUCUGUGCUGCUCUUCCUGGCCUCCCCUGGCUCUGUCCCAGGCCAGCAGCCCAAGCCGGUGGUGGCCGUGCAGCUGACUGACACAGACGGACAGAACAGCUCGUUGGGGACGUACGAGCUGUCGUGUCAGCACAACCCCCUCAUCAUCAACGUGACCCACAGCCAGGAGGACCCACUCCCCCAGGUUGCUUCCGUGCUUCUCAACUUCUCCUCUCCCUUUGUGGGCAUUGCAGCUGUGGCCUUGAGGACCCUGGCUCAGCCUGGCUCCUCUGAGCCCCUCAGCACCUGCCUCCUGCAGCACCAGGAGGGAUGUGGCCAUCAGUGCUACAGCUGUGCCCACGGUGCCUGUGAGGGAUCAGGAACCUGCACGCAGCCUCUGCUUGCUCACGCUGCCAGCCUCAACUGCAGCUCGGAUGGCCCCGGGCACAUGGUGUGUGCUGUCUCCUGUGAAAAGGGAUUUGUCCUCCACUCCAGUGGUGGGAAGAGGCUGGGCUCCAUGCAGCAGGAGGUGGUGCUGACGUGCAGCUGGGGACGGUGGGACAGAUCUGUGACCUGUGACCCUGUUGACUGCCGUGUCCCUGCCCAGUCCCUCGUGUACUAUGCUGAGUUCUCCUGCCCUCUGGGGACCACCUACCUGCAGAGAUGCUCCUUCUCCUGCAUCCCCCCAGCCAAGCUUCAAGGAACAAACCAGUGGCUCACGUGCCUGGAGGAUGGUCUCUGGUCCCUGCCCGAAGCCUUCUGCAAGCUGGAGUGCGAGGCGCCGCCCGCCGUGGCCAACGCCAGGCUCCUGGUGCCGCGCUGCCUGCAGGGCAGCCACGACGUGGGCUCCGUCUGCCGCUACAAGUGCAAGCCCGGCUACCACGUGGCCGACAACGCAGCAGACAAGCCUAAGAAGAAGUUCCUGAAGGUGCAGUGCCUGGAGAGUGGGCAGUGGGAAGAGGGACACUGCGUGCCCGUGGUCUGCCAGCCCCCGCCCCCCGUCUUCGAGGGCAUGUACAACUGCACGCAGGGCUUCGAGCUGGACAGCCAGUGUGUGCUCAGCUGUGAGCAGCAGGGACAGCAGGUUCCCAUCGUCUGCACUAAGGAGGGCUUGUGGACAGAAGAGUUCAAGCUGUGUGAGAGCUUGCAGGGCACCUGCCCACCACCCCCAGAGCUGAACUUCGUGGAGUACAAGUGUGAGCAGGGGCAUGGCAUAGGUGCUGUGUGCAUUCCUUCCUGUAUCAUUCCUCCCAGUGACCCGGUCAUACUGCCCAAAAAUGUCACUGCUGAGACAAUGGAUCACCGGCUGCAGCCCACCAGAAUCCAGAACAUUGUGUGCACGGGCAGGCUGCGGUGGUACCCGGACCCCUCUGUCAUUCACUGCAUCCAGUCGUGUGAGCCCUUCCAAGCAGACGGCUGGUGCGACACCAUCAACAACCGGGCGUACUGCCAGUAUGACGGCGGGGACUGCUGCUCCUCCACCCUGUCCUCCAGGAAGGUGAUCCCGUUUGCCGCCGACUGCGACCAGGACGAGUGCACCUGCCGCGACCCGGCGGCCGAGGAGAACCAGUAGCGGCGCCAUGAGGGCCUCUCUGGGUCAGGCAGCGCCGGGGGAGCCGAGGGCCGGCGGCGGGGCCGUGAGGGAGAGCCGGGCGGGGCAUGGCGGCUGCGGCUCAGGGGACGGCUCCAGCCCACCGAGGAGCCCCGGAGGGCGGGCUGGGGCCCCCUCGCCGUCGCUGCUCCCUCCAGAAGCCACACGAGGCGCUCAGGCCGCGGUCUGGGGCCGCCUCAGCCACACGCUGGGCCAGGGCCCGUCCACGCCGGGAGCCCGGGGGCUGCCAUGGAUGCGUGCCAUGGAUGCGUGUCCUGGUGCGGCUCCUGGGUGUCUG